AUGUCCGGAAAGAUUCCAUUGGAAAUCGGGACACGCGGCACAGUAGGAUCACUUCUCAAGCGAGAGAUUGAGUACUUCAAGGGACUCGAAUUGGAGCGUGUAGACAGCUGCAUGGAUUUCGAAAGAAGAUCACAAGAAAUGGCUACCGAAAAGCAGCAUUCUUGGCCCAGCUUCAGGUUUUUCCUGUUCUCAUGGAAAAGGAAGAAGAGAAGAAACAGCGGAAAUCGAGCCGGUAUGUGUUCUAUGGUGGAGAAUGAAGAUCGGCAGGGGCUCGACGAAAUCCCUGGAUUUGGUUAUCUGAAUCUUAGAGCUGAGUCAAUGAGAUACGAUGUCGAAUGA